AGUUAAUCAAAACACUUGAUGAUUUCAAAACACCAAAAGAACAAAAUUACAGACUCUGUGAAAGACGGCCUAGGUCUAUCUGGACGGGACUAUAUAUAUAACUCCUUCGAUCGAAGAUGGCCUAGGUAUCUAUCUGAGUACUUAAUGUUUGGUGUUACGAUCCGCAACCUUGGGCUGAUAUGAAGCUGAAAACAACUACACAGAACAAUCUGGGCCAGGCUAGUCCAACCCAUCUUCCAUAAUAUCAUAGAGAGGCGGCCUCUCAGAGGCCCAUCAGCCGCCAGUGCCUCUGUUAAAUUACAGUCGAAGCAAAUGGCGGUUGAAAAUGAAGCUGCUCAAGAGUCGGCGGAGGGAACGUCACCACCAUCAAUCGCGGUGGCCUCGAUUCUCAGCAGUAGUUUCAGGCUCCAAUGGCGACGCGUGUAAAAAGUGGUGUAUUUUUAUCCGCAUUCUGAAGUGUCAUUUGCUUGCGUUGCACUCCAACCCAGCAAAAUCCAGACCCAGCUAAUAAACACGACUUCCAUUCGCUGUGUGAGGUUGGAUUUUGGAAAAUUGAAGCACGUAAGGUAAUGUCACGGGACUGCAUGUAAUGCCCACUACGUGUUUGUGUAUUUUAGUCGGUGACUUUUGUUGUAUGCACAUAUAUCGAAGCGGCAUAGCUAUUUGGAUUGGGCGACUCUUUUGUUUCUUACUACUUCAAGACGAAGAAAGAGGAGCUCAACUGGCAGUUUCGAGGAGAUGGGUCUCUGAGAAAGAAAAAAAAAAACCCAUCUUUUGUUCUUCGUUAAUUUCCAUUUGGUUUAGUAAAACAGGGUAAUCUACAGAUUAAUUCAUAGUUGAUUGCUCAAGCUUCUCAUAACUUUUGUUGGUUUUCGUUUUUGGUUUUGGAUAUUGUUUUUCUCUAAGAAACCAGCUAUUAUUUGCAGGGAAUUGGAGUUCAGAACUUGGGGUAGCUGAAAGUUCAGAACUUUCAACAGUUUUAUGUAACCAUAAGCAAUUACUUACAACCCAACAUCAAGAUGAAAUUCGGGAAAGAUUUCAAGAAACAAAUGGUGCCUGAGUGGGCAGAAGCCUACAUGGAUUACAAUGGUCUCAAGAGGAUACUAAGGGAGCUCAGAGAAUACAAGCGAAACAAGCACUCCGUAACACCCUCCAAAGACUUUGAGCGGAGACGUUCUCCCCCUGACAGAACCAUCAGUGGGAUUGAGCUACAAUCUGGCAGUCUCCGGAGCAACGGAGAUAUCGAGGACCAAGUAAUCGAUGUCAACACAUUGCACGGAGACGGUUGCAGAGAGGUUUACAAGACCAAGUUUCUGAGGCAAUCCGAAGAAGGAGGAGAUAUUGAGGCGACAUUUUUCCGAAAACUCGAUCAAGAGCUCAACAAAGUCAAUACCUUUUAUAAUGAUAAAGUGGAGGAGGUGAAGAAAGAAGCAAAUAAUCUGGAUAAGCAAAUGGAGGCUUUGGUUGCACUGAGAUUAAAAGUCAAGAAGCUUGAUCAAUACGGCUCUCGUUCAAAGAGACAUAACAAUUCGGCAGUACACCUGACAAGUAAUAAGUCAAGUGCAGAUGACAACUUAGGAAAUGAGCCUACUGGUUUGACAUCUGGAUUGCAAGUAAAUGAGGAGCAUCGACGAGAACCAAGCACUGGUGGUUCAGAAGUCAAUCCGAACCAUGUCAAGAAUUCUAGUAGCGAUGGAAGAGAGUUAUUGAAAACCUAUACCCAAAAAGAAGAUCCUAUGGAGGUUCUUGAGCAUGUGAGGAUUACCAAUACGCUUGAAUCUCCAAUAUCCACCAUAAAAGGUGUUUUCAAGGACUCUAGGGAAGAAGAGUUGAGCUUUGAUAACGAGGAGCUGAAGAGAGUGGAAGAACGUUUAAGAGCUGCGUUCAUUCAAUUUUACCACCAGCUUCAACUGCUAAAGCACUACAGUUUUAUGAACCUCUCAGCAUUUUCGAAGAUUAUGAAAAAAUAUGAGAAGAUUGCAUCAAGGAGAGCGGCCAGAUCAUACAUGCUAAUAGUAGACAACUCUAAUGUCGGCAGUUCUGAUGAGGUCACUAACCUGUUGGAGAGAGUGGAGACUACCUUCAUACAAAAAUUUUCAAACUCAAAUCGCAGGGAAGGUAUGAAGUCACUGAGGCCAAAAGCUAAAAGAGAAGGGCAUGUAACAUUCUUCUCCGGUUUCUUUUCUGGCUGCUCAAUUGCACUACUGGUAGCUAUUGUUUUAAGCAUUGAAGCUCGAAAACUACUGGAUAAGGAGGAGGGUGCAGAGUACGUGGAAAACAUUUUCCCACUUUACAGUUUAUUUGGAUACAUCACUCUGCAUAUGCUCAUGUAUGCUGCAGAUAUAUAUUUCUGGAGGUGUUAUCGGGUCAACUAUGCCUUUAUAUUUGGUUUCAAGAAAGGAACGGAGCUGGGCUACCGUGAAGUUUUUCUCCUUGCCACUGGUCUUGCAGUACUUUCAUUGGGUGGUUUCCUGGCAAACUUACACUUGGACUUGAGUGCUGAAAAAUACAAGACAGUGACAGAAUUGGUUCCCUUGGGCUUACUUGCUUUGGUCCUUGCCAUCACCUUCUGCCCUUUCAAAAUUAUAUACCAUUCAAGUCGUUUCUUCUUCAUUCGAUCCUUAUUCCACUGCACAUGCGCCCCUCUUUACCCGGAGACAUUUCCAGACUUUUUCUUGGCAGAUCAGCUUACAAGCCAGGUGCAAGCCCUGAGGAGUUUUGUGUUAUACGUUUGCUACUACGGUUUGGGGGAAUCUUCAAGGAGGCAAAGCAAGUGCCGUAGUCAUGGUCUCUACAAUACGUUAUAUUUCAUUAUUGCUGUCGUACCAUUUUGGAUGCGCUUCCUACAGUGCAUUCGUCGAUUCUGUGAUGAGAAGGAUGUGAAGUACAUUUUCAAUGGUUUGAAGUACUUAUCAACAAUCGUUGCAGUUAUUAUACGAACUGUUUAUGAAAUGAAAAAGGGAAAGACAUCCUGGAUGGUGUUAGCUUUGAUUAGCUCAGCUGUCGCAACGACAAUGAAUACGUAUUGGGACAUUGUAAUGGACUGGGGCCUUCUGCGAAAGACAUCAAAGAACAAGUAUUUGAGAGAUAGACUUGUAGUUCCACACAAGAUCGUAUACUUUGCAGCCAUGGUCUUGAAUGUAGUAUUGAGACUAGCUUGGAUGCAGUUGGUGUUGGAAUUUAAAUUGCGUACCGUUAAUAAAGUGACAAUAACAACUGUCAUCGCCUUCCUAGAGGUCAUUCGUCGUGGCAUUUGGAGCUUCUUCAGGUUAGAGAACGAGCACUUGAACAAUGUAGGCCAGUACCGCGCUUUCAAGUCAGUCCCUCUUCCUUUCAGUUACUACGAUGAGGACGCUGACAAGGAUGACUAAACAUGACACAGUCUCGCUCCAUUCAUGCACCCGAGUAUAAUGAAGCAGCAAACCAAGAACAAACGUACGAUCUGUGGUUAAUUGUGGAGAAUUCACAAUUAACAUAUGUAGGCUCAUUUCGUAAUUGUACAUAUGGAAUCGCCUUGUUCGUUGUUGAUCCUGAAAAAAAUUCUCUGGUUCUGGUUUAUAAGAAAUUGCAUAUAGCGAAAGUUGUA